AUGUUUGGAUUCCACAGCCGAAGCAGGAGCCUGAUUCCUGUCCGCGAUAUGGAAAAGAUGGAGGAAGCAUAUACCGAGAAGCGGCCGCAGUUUGAAGAGGAGGAGCAGCAAGAACCCAUGACCUCCCGCCAACGCCGCAACCUCACCCUGAUCUACCUCCUCUUCCUCGCCGAAGCAAUCAUGGCCUCGUCCCUCUCCUCGCAGAUCAACAUCCUCCUCCCCUCCGCCACCGCCUGUCUUACCAUGAACACGUCCUUCUUGCGCAGCAUCUUGCAGUGCGCGUACUACUUUGGAAGUGCGAGCGGGAUCGUUUGGGGGUUGGUUGCGGAUCGUUUGGGCAGGAGGAAGGUUGCGCUGGUGGGGCUUUUGGGCAUGUCUGCGUGUUGUAUUUCUAUGGGGUUCGCGACCAAUUUCACGGCGUUUUGUGUGUUGCGGUAUAUUGCGGGUGCGAUUAGUGCGGCGGUGACGGUUUCGGGGUUGGCCAUGUUGGCGGAUUCGACGCAUGGCAACAGCUCAAGGACCAAGAUUGUGGCUCGACUGCCUAUGGUGGCAGUUUGUGGCCAACUCGGACCGCUUCUCACCAACACCAUUCGACACUACGCGCAAGAUCACUUUGAAGGCAUCUUUGCCAGAUACCCCGGACUUGGAGGCCAAAUGGCCUGUUCACUUCUUGUUCUAUCCAUUACGAUUGCAGAGAUCAUCCUCCUGGACGAGACGCUUCCUCAAAACGAGAAGAAAUCGUUCGGCCAGGAUGACGAGAUCGACUGCGAGAAAGCAGCUUUCCUAGGCCAACAACCCGAGCGAGACUCGACCGAUUCGCAGGAAUCCCUUGCGAUCAGCAUCAUCGAAGCCCUGAACGACGAUGCCGCCAUUCCACGUCCAUCUCGGAUUAGCAUCGGACAGAUGCUCACAGCACCCGCAGUGCUGAUUCUGCUGGCCUCCUUCUCCUUCCUUUCCCUGCACGCUUCGACAUUCGAAGUCAUGCUCCAACACGUCGGCCACACCGACACCCACAACGCCGGCAUGGGAGUCCCAUGCUCAUGGCUGCAGCCGGUUCUGCUCGUUGUGAAGGUCGUCGCCGCCCUUCGAAUAAUGCACUUCAUCCCAUAUCUUGUCAGCCGCGUCGGACUCCUACCUUUGUACCGAAGGAUCUCAUUCGUCUUUCCCGCUCUGUAUGUCGUUAUCCCCACCGUGGCCCUGGCCGUUCACGCGACCGGAUCCUCGCCCAUUCUCUCCGCCAUCGUCAGCACCAUGGCCGUCCUGGCGAAAACCACUCUUGCUGGAGCAGCGCACGUGUUGGUGUUGCUACUGGUUAUGUCAGCUACCCCUGACGCUUCCUCCACCGGAACCCUCAUCGGAGUCGUCUCCAUCUCCGAGCUCCCCAAAGCUCUCGCUGUCGGCCUCGCCGGAAUCAGCUACUACCUCUCCUACGACCAUUCGAUGUUGGCGGUCAACGGCUCGCUCUGGACUGCGUUGGCUGUUAUUGCUCUUCUGGGAGCCUUCAUCACCAAGAAGCUGAGGGAAACGCCUCGGGUUGGCACAGACCUUCCUGCGGAGUGUUUCGUCUGGCAGGGGAUGUUUGACGUCGAAAGCGACGAUGAUGAAGGCUUCUAG